UGUAGAACUUCCCAUCCCGCCAUUCCUCCAAAGAUACAAACCUCAAAUUACUCUUCAGAGUUCAGAGGUCUUUGUUCCAAUUUCCAACUGACUAUUUGGUCUUCCAGCUUUUGAAUAAAGGGACUUGAAGCUUUUUGGUAAAUGUUUUAUGAUUAACCAACCACAAGGGUGCGUCGGCAUCGUCCUUCAAGAAGCAUCGCCUUGAUAGCUGCUCCAUCACUGCCGUGGAUAACGAAUCAAUGGCCAAGAACGGUGCUAAUAAUGUAAUAAUAGGAGGUAAUGGAGAUCAGAAUACUGGUAAGGUCGUUGAAUCUUCACCAUCGACCUUGGAUCUUGGUGAUGUGAAUCAUGCUGAAAUAGAUGAGGAUAUCCAUAGUCGGCAGCUAGCUGUCUGUGGCCGUGAGACUAUGAGGCGGGUUUUUGCGUCAAAUAUACUUUUUUCUUGGAUGCAGGGUCUUGAUACUGAAAUUGCAAGAUGGUUGAUAUUCUCACUGAUACUUCUAUUUAUUCUGCUUCUUGCUGGUGUCAAGUCUGUGACAUUGCACGACGAAGGGUCAGUGGAGUUGUGCGACUUGUCCAGUAACUUCGUAUUCUCUGAGAGUGAAAAGGAACAGGAACAGGAACAACCACCGCCACCGCCACAGCCACAGCCACAGCCACAGCCACCACCACAGCCACAGCCACAGCCACCGCCACUGCCACAACCACAGCCACAGCCACCGCCACAGCCACAGCCACAGCCACCGCCACAGCCACAGCCACAGCCACAGCCACCGCCACCGCAACCACCACCACCACAGCAACAGCAACAGCAACAACAACAGGAACAACAAUCGGAACAGGAACAGCAACCGCCACCAUCACCAUCACCGCCACCGUCACCGUCACCGCCACCACCACCGUCGUCACCACCACCGCCGCCACAACCACCGCCAGCAAAAGCAAACUCAACAGCAAUAUCAAUAGCAACAAAAUCAGCCACAGCCACCUCCACCUCCACCGCCACCGUCACCAUCACCAUCAACAACAACAACAACACCAACAACAACACCAGAGACAACUAGUGAAUUUGCAGGAUGAUGACACAAACUACCACAUCGAUCUAAUAGCUGGGCUAGCAAAUAUGAGGGCCAGGAACUACCCUAUAGCGCUUGUAUUUGUAAUUUAACCUUAUAAGUUAAGAGGUGGGAGGAGCAUAUUUGAUGAAUAUGACUUAUAGGUUUGCAAGUUAAGUAAAUGGUUACAAAAAUGAUUUUCGAUGGUGCAUCACAUGUAUAGUUAGAUUAUGAUAUAUUGUUAUAUUGUAUGGGCAU